AUGGGACUGGCUGGCCUCAAUCCACCUUUCGAAGAGAGUUGGAGAAAUGAAUGGGAAAGCCGCAAUGAAGUCAGGCACGGAAUCUCCAAGCGGGCCAUCGAAAUCUACGAAUCUGUUUAUGCGCGGCAGCAGACAAAGCUCGAAGGGACCUUGGCAAAGCCUCCCGAUAACAGUGCCAAAUCCCAGAAGCUCCGAGAGACGCUCUCACGCCAUCAUACCACGCGCCAAGCUCUACUCGAAGCCGUCAAGCACUUGCAGGAUCUCGAGCUAUGCCUGACGCGAAUGCUGACAGACCAAGUAAUCAAGAGCACGGAUCCCCGACGCCAGACGCUCUUUCAGACGACCGUUGAUCGACUACAGCGAGUUGGCAAAGCACUGUCUUCCAUUCGGGGCAUUCUACGAGCAUCGACUCUCAACAACAAAGGUAUUGAGAUAAUCGACAAUCGUCUGGAGUCCUGGAUUGAGGACGAUACCACAGGAAUGCUCAUGACAAUCCCAGACCGCAAAACUCAAGAUCAAAUUCAGGCGGAGCAGGACGAGAUCGAGACAGAUGAGAAAAAGAAAGCCGGACCACAGACGGGCGAGAAAGAAAUCCGAGACAAGAUCAAGAAAAAGCAUAACUUCACGACACGCUUUCUACUGAACUGCGAUUCCGGACACACCCGUCCGUUUGAUGUUCGUUCUCCCAAGGUGGAAGGCGUUUUGGCGAUCCAACGGAGCAAAGCCAUUACAGGCAGUAUGAUCAUGAGCGGACCCGAGUUGCGCGAUGCUGAUGAGAGAUUAGCCAAGUGGCUGGAAGAGCUGAGUAGCAACGAGAUCGAAGCAUCUCGCUUCAAGCUCAAUUAUCGUACUUUCGAACGCCAGAUCCGGAGGCCCAAGAAGAUCGUCCAAUUGAAACCAGAUGCCAACUUUUGGACUCGGCCCGCAUAUCGCCUUCCCAUCAUUCUCGACAACAUCUACCACAUCCGGAGAAUGAUGACAGCAAUCUUUGAUAGAAAACUCACGGUGGGGUCCUCGGACAAGGAUGGCACCGAGGCCAAGCUUCACCAAAAGCUACGCCGGAUGUACGGCUUGUUGGCCAUUAUGUUCGGCUGCGUUAGCGAAGGAAGUCUAUGGCUGCCUGUCAUGGACAAGCUGCUCGAGGAUCUUGCCGAGGAAGUCGUUGGCCAUGUGGAUCCAGCAUACGAAACAAUCACGAUGACGCGAAAGGACCAAAUCAUGGCGAACCUUGAUCAAAAUGUCGUCCGUACGCGACUUCCUUCGGGAGCCAGAAACAAGGCAAGGAUCGACGACCUGAGCCGUUUCAAUGAAGCGCGCAAGCUGUUUGCCGAGUUGGCCCUCUUUUAUCGGGGCGCGAUCUGCCUUGCGUUCGCGGCGGUUUCUGUUACGAGGGGAAACCAAGUCAUUGAUCAAGACAGGUUAUGGUAUGAAGAGCUCAUCAAGCAGUCUGCCGAAUGUGGAUAUCCAGGAUGUCUCGAACAGCUCCGCAUCACGAAGAGCAAGAAACCUGGAGCGGAGACGCAUGCUUUCGGUCUGAGUGUCGGUGUGAAGGAUCCCAGACUUGGCUUCCCGACAGUACGCGCGGAUUACUCGGACAACCGCCCAUGGGCUUAUCCGUGCCUCUUCUACAUCCUCCAUCACAACAAGUACAACGUCGCCUUCACACCGUUCUACCACUGGUUCGCGCAUCUGUAUCACAUAGCAUGCAAGCCUUUCCGUGGCAAAGAGAUGAUAAUCUUCGACCUCAAAGAGAUAGACAAGAUCGCGGACGAAGAGACGAAGAGGAACAAGGCGUUGGAGGCAAGGCGGCGCGUGUAG